AUAAUGAAAGGCUGAUGUGCUGAUGUCAGGGGUACAUCCGACUCCAGUGCAGCAUUUCAUGGUGCAGGGUGGACACGCCGUGCCAUCUGCCUUCGCCUGUCUGGGUUUUCCUUCUUCUUCUUCUUCUUCCUCUUCUUCCGAGAUUACCCUCGCCUCACACAUGCACGCCAGACAAGGAGAAGGAAGCUGCAACCAGUUGUCAAGAUGUGGACGUUGUUGCGUUGUGUGUUCGUUGUGUUAUUCUCGUGUCUGUGUCAACCGGCGCAUCUGAGGAAGAUCCGGUGUCCUUCGACAUGCAGUUGCUCCAAAGAGUCCAUUAUCUGCGUCGGGGGCACCAACGUGCCGAGGAUUAGUCCCAACGACAUCAAUUCUCUGAGCCUGGUGAACGGAACCUUCUCAGAGAUCAAGGAGGCCAUGUUCUCCCACAUGCAGUCCCUCCAACUCCUACUCCUGAAUUCCAAUUCUCUAACCACUAUACGCGACGACGCCUUCUCUGGCCUGCCACACCUGGAAUACCUAUUCAUUGAGAGCAACCAACUGGAGACGGCAUCAAAGUAUUCCUUCAGGGGACUCCGGGACUUGACUCACCUGUCUUUGGCAAACAACAAGAUAAAGGCCUUGCCCAGGGAUCUCUUCAUUGACCUGGACUCAUUGAUCGAGCUGGACCUGCGCGGCAACGCCUUUGAGUGCGACUGCCGGGCAAAGUGGCUGAUGUCGUGGCUGAAGAGCACCAAUGCCACGGUGUCCGAUGUCCUGUGUGCCGGGCCGGAGGCCAUGAAGGGCAAGCGGCUCAAUGACAUGACCAGCCUGCACAACGAGUGUACCUCCACGGAUUUCACUCUCCACCAGUCCGUGGCCUCGGAAUCACUGUCGGUGGACACGUUCACGUACAAGAAUGACGUCUACGUGGCCAUUGCUGCUCCCAACACUGAGAGCUGCAUGGUUAUGCAAUGGGACCACAUCGAGAUGAAUUUUAGGACGUACGACAAUAUCACAGGCCAGUCCAUUGUGGGGUGCAAGGCUGUGGUCAUCCAGAGCCUGGUGUUUGUCAUCGUGGCACAGCUCUUUGGAGGCUCCCACAUUUACCAGUUUGACGACGACCAGAGCAGAUUCAACAAGUUCCAGGACAUCGAGGUGUCCAAGAUCUCCAAGCCCAACGACAUCGAAACCUUCCAGAUCGCCGGCGACUGGUUCUUUGUGAUCGCCGACAGCUCCAAGGCGGGCCUGUCCACGCUGUACAAGUGGAACGGCAAGGGUUUCUACUCGCACCAGUCGCUGCACGAGUGGUUCCGCGACACGGACGCAGAGUACCUGGACGUGGACGGCAAGGCCCACCUCAUCCUGGCCAGCCGCUCCCAGGUGCCGGUCAUCUACCAGUGGAGCCGCAGCAACCAGAAGUUCGUCCAGCAAGGCGAGAUCCCCAACAUGGAGGACGUGGUGGCGGUGAAACACUUCCGGGUCAAGGAGGAACUCUACCUGGCCAUGACGCGCUACAUCGGGGACUCCAAGCUGCUGCACUGGGGCGCCAAGCAGUUUGUGGAGAUCCAGGCGUUGCCGUCGCGAGGCUCCAUGAUCCUGCAGCCCUUCUCCUUCAAGGAGCGCCACUACCUGGCGCUGGGCAGCGACUACACCUUCUCGCAGAUCUACCUGUGGGACGCGCAGGAGAAACAGUUUGAGCGCUUCAAGGAGGUGUACAUCCAGGCGCCGCGCUCCUUCACCCUGGUGUCCACCGGCCGCCGGGACUUCAUCUUCUCCUCCAGCUUCAAGGGCAACACUCAGAUCUUCGAGCACAUCAUCAUUGACUUGAGCUUGUGAGUGCGACCGGGGUCUCCAGAGGGCUGGGCGAGGGGCCCCAUUGCAUCCAACGUCUUCCUCUCUACACGUGCGCUUUCCUUUUUAUUGUAAACGCAGAAGUAGAGGGAAGGGACACGACAAACGUCCUAAGUUAUUGCUAUGAUUUAAUUCUGGAUUAUUUUUGUAAAUAGUAGACUUCUAGGUCGGAUCUUAGUCUUUUUAUCAGACUGGAUGUCUUUAGCUUUCCGUCCAACCUGCUUAGUCUCAUGGCUUGUCAUUAGUUGUGAAGUGCAAGCAUAUCGAAAAGGUGUUGACCCACUAAAGGCUUGACAAACCCACCUAUCUACAUUUCAAUCCUCUGCCAAACAAAAUAAAAUAAAUGUUCAGCCUUACAUGAGCAUGGAAUGAUAAAAAAUUCAUUAAUUUUGCAAGGAUUUCAAUGUUCCAUACGUUUGUACCAGCACGACACUGGUCCAACUUUAUCCCACAUACUUGACUUUCUGUUUUAGUUCAGCCAAGACAUUAAGGAUUGUGGUUGCUCAUCAGUGUAAAAUUACCUUGUCUAACCCAGUGAAACUGCAUUGCCCCCUAUUGGCUGGGAAAACUCAAAACACUCCCUUGCUUUGAAGUCAGGUUAAAGGCACCCAGUGCAACUUUAUGUAAACA